CAUGGAUGCGUGACGCUUUGGAGAAUACUCCACAGCGCGCCAACAUCAUUGCCGAGCGCCAGCGCAUUGCCGACUACUCGGCGGAGGUCGAAAGCCUCCGACGUGAAGCGGAAACGCUUGAGCUUAGAGAGCUCCAACGAGAAUGGCUGGCUCGUACACAACUGGAGAGGUUGCGCGAAGAACUACGGCAAACGCAGUAGAAUUCGUGCAACCAACAUCAUGUGCCCCAACAGGCG